AUGGCUCCUUGCUUCCAAUACUUGAAGGUGCUUCUCAAUAGCCAGGACAAUGGCGCACUGCCAACUUCAUUUGCCAAUGCCAUCAAGUCCCUUCCCACUGGCAGCGACCUUUACACUGCCGCGACUUGCGAACUACCUCAGGAGGUUCAACAACAGCUGAAUUCAAUCCUCGCGGGCUAUGUCAAUGUUUUGCCCGACCGAAUCAAGAACGAGCUUCAAUCCUGCUGCCGUUGCCAGAAGCCUACCGGUGUUCUGAACUUCUUAAUGGAACAUAAACCAUCCAAUACAGCCUGCAUGACUGCAGGCGCACUGGCCAUCACCAUGUUCGGAUACGCCAUGGUGCGGUACGUCGUGGCACACAUUGAGAAGGUCCAAAAGGAAGAGCGGGCGGUCUUCGCCCAGGAGCAAGCUGGAUACAAGGCUAAGCUUACGGAGAAGCAGAUUGAGUACGAGCGAAAGCUCACGGAGCUCGAGCGCCGCUUUUCUGCAUCCGUUGAACCAAAGGUCGAAGAGGUUCAAGACGAGCUCGUCACUCAGAUCGGGGAGCUCAACGCCGAAAAAAAUUCCGCUAAAGGCAAGAUUGACCAGCUUGAGGCGGAUAGAGAGACGAUGAAGGGGCAGAUUCUGGAAUUACUGAAGGCCAAGAUCGACCAAGCUGAAGAUGCGAAGUCGGAGAGAAACCUUCUCGAAAGAGUUGUAACGAUCGUGGAGGCCAUGGCGGAGAGACAGCAGGGGUUGGUGCGUACGGAUGAGCUCGUAGCCUUCAUCACGAGUGUGAUGACUAAGAUUGCAGAGGAGAUCGAGGAUGAGGGCGAAGUAGAGGAAGGCAGCAGGAAGACUCCAGAGUCUCUUCCUUCCUUACACGAGUCGGAGAAUCUCGAGGGUGCGCAAGACGAGAUGAACGACGGAUCGGAAUUGACAUCUGGUGUUGUCGAUGAACACCACACAGCUACCGAGAAUCUUGUCGACACACUUUCACAGAAUAGGGCAUUUCUGGAAGGCAACACAACCACGGAGAAUGUUAGCAACUGGAUCCAUGAACAAGCCCCUAAGAUACACCGUCUAUUUGAAGCGUGCAAGGCCGACCGGGAGCACGGUGACAACGUAUUGGCGCACAUCAAGAAGACUUUCUCGGAGGUGGUUAUGAAGGCGCAGUCAGAGCAUUUGAGGAAGUAUCACGAUGAGAUCAUCAAUGCCAAUGAUGUUCGGACUGCGCUACGGUUCGCUACGCAGGCCUUGCUUGAGCAGGCGCUCGUUCAUAACUACCCUUCGAAGGAGGAUCCCUUGCUCGCAGAUAUCAAGGAUGUGAUCGAGCAGGCCGUGGUAAAAACCGAAGAGAAGACAUCGACCAUUGACACUUUGGCCGAGGCCCAACAAAGUCAACUCGAAGCAGCACCUUAUGAUGCGCAGGCUACGUCAGCCAACACCGAAGAGGCACCAAUGCAAGAGAAUGAAGCUCUGAGCGAGGAGGUUGCACUCGAAGCAGCACUUGCCGAUGCCGCUUCAGCUGAUUGCCCCCACAUCUAUGAUGUAGGCGAUGAAUCGCCCAAGUCUAUAUCAUCGGAGUGGCAUGAGGUAGAAUCUCCUUUGACUGAUGCCCACGACUCUUUUGGCAAACAACCUGACAAGUCUGACAUCUCGUCCGACUGGGACGAGCUGGACACAAAUGAGUCGGAGGGCUGGAAGGGUGCCGUGUUUGACCAGUAG